CUUUUCUUUUUCAACGUCUGUAUUUCUUCUUCUUCUUCUUCUUGAGUUUGGGUUUAUGGCUGUAGUUUUCUGUGUCUGGGUUAAGUAAAACUUCCCUCUUUGUUCUGUGAGUUCCAAUGCUUUUGUGUUGUUGUGUUAUCACAAUUUGUACUUGUACGAUGAAAUUAUCUUUCUCAAAAUUCCCAAAGCACUUGCUUAGUCCUCUACUUUUGACACAAACAUAAAUCUCUCUAGUCUCUCUGAACAAACGAAACGAUUGCUUGUUUUGCUGUGUUUUCUGCAGCAAAAAGAAAAUUUUAUACGACAUUUUUUGGUCAUAGUUUGGACACAAUUAAAUCUUUUUACUAAACGUUUCUAUUUGAGAGUAGUUUUCUUCUACCUUGUGGGGCAAUGACUGGUACUGGUAUUUGGGGUCACCCAGAUUCUUUUCCACUCAAAAUCAGACACGGAAAUUGUUUUUUUGUACAAAAACAAAAAGAAAAGCUUCCUUUUUGUGGAAAAAGGGGCCUGCUUUUACGUCGCAAACUAAUGCCCAUGUCUGAUUUUUCUCCUUUCUGUACCCUCUCUUAUGCUCCACUUUUCUAACCGACUGUUUGCUUGCGGAGAAAACGGAGGAAACUUCCUAGGCACAACUGGGUUCUUGAUUUUGUUUCUUUUUAGCCAACCAAUGAGAGGUUAGAAUUCAACAGUCUCUCAUGCUUUCAAUCUUACUUCUUUUAGCCCCCUUCAAAUUUUGCAGAAAUCAAAUAAAUUAUGGCCCGGGGCUGGUUUUGAUUGAAUUAAAGCGUCACUGAAAUGGAUGGUGAUAUAUUUUCUGGCAUAGGAAAUGGAACUCAAGUAGAUAGCAAAGUUUUGCAGGCAUUUCAGAAGAAUUUUGUGCGAGUCCAGGACAUUUUGGACCAGAACAGGUUGCUAAUCAAUGAGAUCAACCAAAACCAUGAGUCAAAGAUCCCUGAUGACUUGAGCCGAAAUGUGAGCUUGAUUAGGGAGCUUAAUAACAAUAUCAGAAGGGUGGUGGAUCUCUAUGCUGAUCUUUCGAGCUCUUUCACCAAGUCAGUGGAGGCUUCAUCGGAAGGAGAUUCAGGUGGGAGUUUGAAAUCCAAUGGAAAAGCCAGUCAGAAGAGAAUUAGGUCCGGGUAAUUUAUUUAACCGAGCUUCUGCAUCGAUUCUGCACGCUUUCAUUGUGGGAUAAGAAUGAGUAUUUCAGUAUAUGAAGGAAAGGAUACGAUGAAAUUUCUCACUCUUCUAUAUUAGUCAAAACGUGUUGUAGGCUUUAUGCUUCAGUUUAAUUUUUACCAUUUUCAUUGGAAUAACAUUUUUUUUUUCUGUAGUUUUAGUAGGAUGAUUUACUUCAACAAGGAACGUGCCAAAUACGAACUAAAUUUCAGUGUAAUCUUCUUAACUCAUUGGAUUCAACCAUGCUUCUGUUUUGAAAUCUUCAAGUUUGAGGCAGAUACUGAUUACUUUGGGUACUA